GGGCACGCGCAGCUCAGCGCUCCGCUCCGCGGGAGCCGCCCCGGCGCGCUGGGGGCGGCGGGCCCGGAGCGGGGCGGGUCCGGGAGCGCUCCCGGUGUCCGUGCAAGAGCCCCGGGCCGGCUGGCAGCCCGGGCUGGGCAGGGACGGGCGGCCGGGUUCCUUGGGGCAGCGGCAGGUUGACGCACCGGCCUAAGGACAGCUCGGGCCGUGCCGCCGCCCGAAGCUGCUGAUGAAAUCGCAGCCGCCAGCCUUGGAGUCUUUGGACCUUCCCAUGCUCGGGACCUUUGACUCAUAAAGGGCUCCUGGAAAAAGCGUCGGGAGCGGGAGAGGAACCGGAGAGGAACCGGAGAGGAACCGGAGAGGAGCGGGAGAGGAGCGGGAGGAGCUGCGGGGGACACAGACUCGCUGCAUGAGCAGAGCUGGGACACUCCUCUGUGCCCGCCCCCACCCUCGCCCCUUCUUCGCCCUCCUUCACUUGCCCACCCUCUCCGUGCCGCAGAGAUGCUCUCCCUGAAGAAGUACUUCACGGAAGGCCUGAUCCAGUUCACCAUCCUGCUGAGCCUGCUGGGCGUGCGCGUGGACGUGGACAGCUACCUGAGCUCGCAGCUGCCGCCGCUGCGGGAGAUCAUCCUGGGCCCGAGCUCGGCCUACACGCAGACCCAGUUCCACCGCCUGCGCGGCGCCUGGGGCGGCCAUGGCAUCCACCCCAAGAGCGCCGAGCUCGACUCCUACUUGGGCAGCCGCCUGCUCGGCCGGGUGCGCGCCCUGGACCGCCUGCGGGUGCCCAGCACCGAGCUCAGCGCCUGGCUGGUGCACCGGGACGCCGAGGGCGCGCAGCCCGGCGCCGCCGCCGGGGGCCUGCAGGACGGCGCCGGCGGCGAGAGGGAGAGCGGAGCCGAGCAGGGCUUUGGGGACGAGCCGGAGAAUCUGGGAGCCGUGGCGGCGCCUGGCAGCGCGGAGCUCAGCAAGGAGGACAUCGAUUUGAUUGACAUCCUGUGGAGACAGGAUAUUGAUCUCGGCGCCGGGCGAGAGAUUUUUGACUACAGCCACCGUCAGAAAGAGAGCGAAGUGGACAAAGAGCUGAGCGAUGGGAGGGAGCGCGGGGACAGCUGGAGGAGUGCAGGGAAUGAGGUCUUGGAUAGAAUCCCGCUAGUUGAUGGAGAGACCGGGGAGAGUUUCCCUGCGCAGGUGCCCGGAGCGGAGGAUCAGACAGCCCUGUCCCUGGAGGAGUGCCUUAGGCUGCUGGAGGCCACCUUCCCCUUCGGGGACAGUUCCGAGUUCCCAGCUGCGGAUGUCUCCGCCCUGAGCGAAGCCGUGCCCGGGCAGAGCCGGGCCCCGGGCGGCCCCCCCAGCCUGCUGUCCCCUCUGCUGGCCGAGACCGAGUCGCCCUUCGACCUGGAGCAGCAGUGGCAGGACCUGAUGUCCAUCAUGGAGAUGCAGGCCAUGGAGGUGAACACGAGCACGAGCGCCGAGAGCCUCUACGGUGGCACCGGCGGGGACCUCCUGGCGUCCAACUACAGCCUGGCCCCCGGCACGCCCAUCAACCAGAACGUCAGCCUGCAUCAGGCCUCGCUGGGCAGCUGCUCCCAGGACUUCUCCCUCUUCAGCUCGGACAUGGAGAGCCCCUCCAUGGCGGGCGGCUCGGCCCUGCUGCAGCUGGCGCCCGACAACUCCACCGGCCUCAACAGCACCUUCGGCUCCACCAACCUGAGCGGGAUCUUCUUCCCGCCCCAGAUGAACAGCACGGGUAACGAGACGGCCGGGCCCGAGCUGCCCGACCCCCUGGGGGGGCUGCUGGACGAGGCCAUGCUGGAUGAGAUCAGCCUGAUGGACUUGGCCAUCGAGGAGGGCUUCAACCCCGUGCAGGCCUCGCAGCUGGAGGAGGAGUUCGAUUCCGACUCAGGUCUUUCCCUGGAUUCCGGCCACAGCCCCGCGUCCCUGAGCAGCUCCGAAGCCUCGUCCUCGUCGUCGUCUUCCUCUUCGUCCUCCUCCUCCUCCUCGUUUUCCGAGGAAGGCGCCGUGGGCUACAGCUCGGACUCGGAGAACGUGGACUUUGAGGAAGCGGAAGGGGCGGUCGGCUACCAGCCAGAGUACAGCAAGUUCUGCCGCAUGAGCUACCAGGACCCGGCGCAGCUCCACUACCUGCCUUACCUGGAGCACGUUGGCCACAACCACACCUACAACAUGGCCCCGGGCGCCCUGGACCCCGAGGAGCCCAAAGCGCCCGGCGCCGGCAAGAAGAGCGGCAAGGAGAAACCGUCCGAGCUGCUGGACAAGCAGCUGAGCCGCGACGAGCACCGCGCCAGGGCCAUGAAGAUCCCCUUCACCAACGACAAGAUCAUCAACCUGCCCGUGGAGGAGUUCAACGAGCUCCUGUCCAAGUACCAGCUGAGCGAGGCCCAGCUCAGCCUCAUCCGCGACAUCCGCCGGCGCGGCAAGAACAAGAUGGCCGCCCAGAACUGCCGCAAGAGGAAACUGGACACCAUCCUCAACCUGGAGCGCGACGUGGAGGAGCUGCAGCGCGACAAGUCCAAACUGCUCAGGGAGAAGGUGGAGUUCCUCAAAUCCAUCCGGCAGAUGAAGCAGAAGGUGCAGAGCCUGUACCAGGAGGUGUUCGGGCGGCUGCGGGACGAGCAGGGCCGGCCCUACUCGCCCAGCCGGUACGCGCUGCAGUACGGCAGCGACGGCAGCGUGCUGCUGAUCCCGCGCGCGCCCGCGCCCGCCGAGCCGCAGCCGCGGCGCCAGGAGCGCAAGCAGAAGGACAGGAGGAAGUGAAGGCGGCGGCGGAAGGGAGAGCUGGGAUGAGGGCCGAGCCUGGAAGUGCUUGCGGAGGGAACUUUGAUGCCUUCUUAUCCGAUUCUGUCUUCUGGAACCGCACGCGGCGCCGGCGGCGCGCGCCGGGGACUCUGCGGGAGCGGCCGUCCCAAAGCGGGGGACGGAGCCCAGCCCAAGCCCAGCUGCCACCGGCCACCCCCGGGGUGCUGGGAGAGCAGGGACGAGCUGGCAUCGCUGCUGGGGAGGUUGGCACGAGGUGGAUAAAACAAAAAAAAAAACAAAAAAAAACAAAAAAAAAAAUCCCCACAAAAAAACAAACUACUGUUAGGAACUGGCUUUAAGUAAGAGAAAAAAACAAAAAAAACAAGAAAAAAAAAGAGAUUUAAGUGAAUGGACUUCAAACCAAGUUAUAGGAGAGACGUUUUUCUGAACUUCCAAAGUUCUGUGAUUUCAGGUAGCUGGUUGUUUUUCUUUUUUUUUUUUUCCCCUUUUAUUUUUUUUUUGGUUCUUUUUGGGUUUUUUUUCCCUUCUUUCCUUUCAUCCCGACCCCGUUUUUGCCAUCGGUGUGUGUGAGAUAUUCCAGAUUUCUCCUUCCUCCAUCGGAGAUCAGACCAGGGCACACGUGGAGAGACACAAAAAGUGGCGUGACUUCCAUUAACCCUUUCCAGCCCGAGGAAGAGCAGAGCCAGGGGGCGACUCCCGUUAACCCUUUCCUGCCUGAGGAAGCUCAGAGCCAGGCCAAAGGGCAAGAAACCCAUCCUGGGAGAAAGGCCAAGGAGGGGGAUGCACGCAGAGCUUUGGGGUGAGGAAGGGAGGGAGGAGCAGCCGGAGCCUUUCCUGAGCACUCGGCCCCCGCCAGCUUCUCCUGGGAAGGAAUUUUGGGUCAGGAAGAGCACAAGGGGAGCGCUGGGACCCCGAUGCCAACCUCAAGGCCAGCCUUGGGGUGUCACCUCGAGCAUUGAACAGCUGUAGGUCCCCGUCCUGUAACCACGCUUGGGAUUUUUGGGGGUUCCAGCCUUGAUUUUUUUUCCUCCCCCUUUUAGGGUCUAGAAGUGCUUGUGUUGAGUAAAAAACAAACAAACAAAAAAACCUAAAAAAAUUACAAAAAAAAAAAGAAAAAAAAGCCAAAAAAAAAAAAAAAAGGGAGAAGCCCAAACGUUCAAAGCUGCUCAGUGUUCUCUUUGCCAUAAAGAUUCCGUGUAACCGUGUGAUCACAUUAUAGGAUUCUCUUCUGUCCCUAGAGGUGUCGGUCUGACUUCCUUUGUUUUUCAGGAGGGGGGUGGGGGUAGUGCCUUGAUCACUGUCAGGUCUCCACACCUCGGAGACCAUCCUAGAGCUGUAUUUCCAUAUAGCACAGCUGGGAGUGUUCUGACUUUACCAGCAACCAGAAAAAAAAACCUAUAAAUU